CUGAUACAGUCAUAUGCAUUUUUUUAAAUAGUACUUUUUAUAGUAUAAUUUUUAAACAAGAACUAUAUUAAGAUACCUAUCAUAUUUUGUGAAAAUGUCUCAUUACAUUAGUGACGUAGGGGUAUUCAAUAUCAAGCUGACACUGAUCGGACAAGGUUUGACGGUUGUCCACUUCUUCGCCCGAUGGUCCGUCCCUUGCAACUACAUGCACCCGAUUUACGAGGAACUGGCGCACACUUACAGCAAGCACUCCUUCCUCAGGGUGGACAUCGAUGCCUGCGAAGAACUGGCGAGGCGAUACCAGAUAUCGAUAGUACCCACCUUCGUCUUCAUCGUCGAGGAGAAGAAAUACGAAGUCGUCAUUGGUGCCAACCAUGCCUUACUCAACGAGAUACUUCUUGGAUUUGAAGCUGUUAAUCACAAUUAAAUGAAACAUUUUCUUUUAAUUAUGAUUUUUUUUUAUUAUAAUAUUAUUGUAAGGGUAGAAUUGUAUAAGUGUCUUGUUCAUGUUGAUAAAACAAUAUCAGGCUGUGUACCUG